CACUGUAUGUUUUCCAGAGGCCUAAGGUUCAGGUCAAAGUACAGAGAUCAUUCACAAAAAUUAUGGCUGCUCUCAUCCAAAGAAAGGCGUUGUAUAGUUGUGUUUGUAAGUGUAUAAAUUGCAUUUUGAGAAUUUAAUUGAAAUGGUUCAUAUAAAUUAAUUAACGUCUUACAAGUUAAAAACCCCAUAAAAAUAUAAUGUGAUAUUCAUCAUAUUGUGAGCCUGUAACUGUAUUAUUGAAUUAAAUUAUUAUCACUACACUAUUUUAAUUUUAAAGAAUUUUGGCCAAAAUUUUGAAUUAAAAAUUAAAAUUUAAAAGAUGUCAUUUUUAUUUACUAUUUACUAAGUACUUAACUGAAUGACUAAUUUUCACUGAAGCUUAGGCAUAUAAUAAAAGUAAAAGAUAAUUAUUUUACCUAGGGCUUACUAGGUUUUACUUUUACUUGUUAAAAUUAAAAGUAAAAUACUUUACUUUUGUUACAUUUUUAUAAGUAUAAGUUAUAUUAUACUUACUUUAAAAGUAGUGCCAACCAAACCCUAAAAUUUCCUCAAAUAGCAUAAGUUAGUAAUUUAUUCCUCUUUAAAAGAAAAUUGAAAUGUUUUAAAUUUGCAAGGUUUGGAAUCAUAUUUUAAAUUAAAAUACAUUUUAAAAAUAGGCCUUCACUAUUUACUCAGUAGUCUGUAGUCAGUAUUACUUAAUUUACUUUGUAACAAAUUUAAUAACUAACUAAGUUACUAAAUUUGUUUGAUUACAUUAAAUUAAGCCACAGAAUCACAUUAAAUUACUUUAUUAUUUAUGAUUUCAAUAUCAUAUUUUGUCCACUUAUUUUUGUUGGUAGAAAGUAUUGGCAUAUAAGUCAUAAAUGCUAUAGAGCUCUCAAAAACAACAACAAAUAUUUAAUUAGUUAAGGCUCCUUACAACUCACACAACUCUGGAUUAUCAUUCGACCACAGAAAUGGUUGAAAAAAUUUAAAUAAAAAAGAAUGUUGUAAGAAUGGUAGAGUGGUUGGUAUUACGAGUAUCACAUUCACAUCCUCCUCAAUAAGUUGGUAUUUUUUCCUCCAUAUGAGUAUUUCUGUCAAUGAAGAAAUCAAUGGUGGAUAUCUGAGCCCAACAAAUAUAGGAAGACAAUGAGGCCAGAAUGCCUGUUUUUUGUAGUUAAUAUAUGACGUAGUGCGUUCAAGUCAUGUUAAGUAAAUAAAUAGUGAAAUAAAAUAUGUUAAGGCUUGAAAAUAAGAGACAAGGCAAUAAAACAGAUUUUUGCCUAGAUGCUUUCUUCAGUAUACAAUGCAAAACAAUAAACAAUUGAUACGUUUAAAUUAAAAAUAAAACUUAUGUAUUCGAAGAUCUCAAUAAAGCCAGUAUAGCUUAAUGUUUAGAACAGUAAGCAUUCUAUGUUAAUGUUUGAAGUUGAGUUAUUCAAAACUAAAACGUCCAUCCCACAUUAUCCUGUUGUGUGUACUAUCAAAGUAAGAGAAUUAAAGUAUUUUUUAAUGUAAAAUUUAAAACGGCAAAAAUUGAGACUAGAAAUGCAGGGAAAUAAAGGAUCACUAGUAAGUGAGUAUUAGAUUAAUUCAAAAUGGUGAUAUGGUGCCGAAAAUCUGAAUUUAUUUGUUUUCUUUAAUCACUCUCGCUGGUGUAUUGAUGCCCACCAAAUUAGAGCGAUGAUGGAUACAUCGGAUGUGCCCUUGUGUUCACUUCCAUCAAAAGGGGAUGAGCACGGGAAUGGCUUGUUUUGUUCAAUAUCCUGCAUUUAUAGUUAAUUAUAAUUGACAUCACAUACUUAAUGUUUGUUUCAGCUGGGUUGCGCUGUGUAAGCACAACACCCUACAACAAUGCUCAAGCCCAAGCAAGUAAGAACCUACAUAUUCUUUAAUAACUUAGGUAACUUAAAGGAAAAAAAGGAAAUUUUAAACUACCAGGUAUAAAUAAAAUUGAAGCUCACUGUAGAAAAAUUUAGGCAACUCAUUGUGAUUGCUGUUGUGUGUAGUAAGGAUUUUGCUAAGGUUACAAUGUGUUUCACUUAUUGGCUAAUAAAUUCAUCUUUAACCAGCUUUGCAUUCUUUAUGUUUAUCUCUCUUUAACUUAAUUUUGUAGAGUAAAACUCAUUAAUAAGAAAAUAUUAAAUGCUUUAAUUAUUCAGGAAACAUUAUAUUUAAUUUGUGACACCUUCUGAGUAGCUUACCUUGAAUUUUAACUUUGAAAAAUCAAACCUCUAGUUUUUGUCCAUAGCAAGUAAAUGUAUCUGCAUGCAAUAUUUCAUUAAGUAUCAGUUUAUUAUUUUCUCCUAAUUCAUUUGCACAGAGAGUAGAAAGACAUUGGGCAAACCAAAUGUUAAAAACAUUGUUUUGGUUGAAGGAGUCAGGACGCCUUUCCUGCUUUCGGGGACUUCAUAUAAAAAUUUAAUGGCACAUGACUUGGCUUGUCAUGCUCUAAGGUAACCUUUACACAUGAAUAUUAAAAGGGGGUCAGAAAUGAUAAUUAAUUACAUAAAAAUUCUUAAGUGAACAUUUUUGUAUGAUGUUAUUAAAGAAAGUACUUUUUUUCAGAGGCUUGGUAAAAAGGACAAAUAUUGCUACAGGUAAGUUUAAACAUGUAUACAAAAUUAUCAUCUAUAAUAAUAAUACAACGGUUAAAAUAUUUCUAUCAGUUUCAUCCUGAAAAAGAGAAGUACUAAUCUUGCAGUUAUGUCAUGUCACUAUCUCUUUAAAUGAUAGAAGAUGUCUCAAAAAUAAAACUUUACUUAACAGAUGCUGUGGAAUACAUAAUUAUGGGAACAGUAAUCCAGGAAGUCAAAACAAGCAACAUAGCCAGAGAGGUUCUUUUUCAACUUAAAAUUUUAUUUAAAAAAAUUAAUUAUUUUAAACUUGGAGUUUAUCACUAUCAUGUAAAUUAAUUAUAAAGCUAAUACUCGCAAAUUUAUAUCUUCAAAAGGGAUUUAUUGGCAUUCAGAUGUAUAAAAUCUUAACAUACAGCAUAGUAAUAAAUUUAAACAUGACAGUUUUGCUUCUUUCUUCAGGCAGCUUUAGAGGCUGGUUUCUCAGAUAGGAUCCCAGCACACACAGUAACGCAAGCGUGCAUUUCAUCCAACCAAGCGAUAACAUCAGGUAGAGUUUUGAUAUUACCAGUUCACACAAAUUAUUCUUCCAACUCAGCCAUUUUUAGUAUUUAGUAUUUCAGUUUCUUUUUUUUUAAUGCAGAAGGUGUAAAGUAGCUUGUUGCAGGAUGAUAAACAACAAAAUAAGCAUGGUGCUGAAAAAAUUUUGAAAAUGGGAAAAAUAAUGUGUAGAAAAAUGAAAUGGACAAGAAGAGGUUUUGAUAAAUCUUUGUGGUAUUUGUCAAAGUUGUUAUUUUUGUACCAUUUUAUAUUUUGGUACUGCAUAUCCUUUUGGAUUAUGUCAUAAUUAACUGGGCUUUGUAAAUUAAAUCAUUUUACACACAUAAAAAAGGGUUAAAAAAAUGCAUUAGUAAUAUGGUAUAGCUAAAUAUUUUAUUUAUUGUUUUACUCUUUUACUGGUACAAUUAAUCAUUAAAUCCUGUUUAAAAAAUUGUUAAUGUUUUCAAUUUUUUUCGUCUCUCAUUUGAUAACUAGUCUUACUAUUAUCAAUGAAUUAAAAUUAAUAAAUUAUAGAAAUAUAAAGUGAUGGAUUAAAAUCAAUUUAUUCAAAUCAAUAUAUUUUUUGUUCUCAUCAAUUUGAGGACCCACAAUCAGUUUAUUGAUAAUUCUGGCUCUGGUUUGAAGCCAAAGUUUGCCUUCUCUUAGAUGAGUUGCCGUCUCAGAGUAGAAUCAGCAACUCAUACUUUGUUAUUUAUUUCAGGUAUGGGUUUGAUAGCUUCUGGAGAAUGUGAUAUAGUCAUAGCUGGUGGAGUGGAGUUCAUGUCAGAUGUGCCAAUCAGACACAGCAGACAGAUGCGGAAGAUCCUGUUGGCAUCACAGAAAGCCAAAACAAUUUCGGCCAAGCUUAGCCUUUUGGCUCAGGUUCUCAAGCCAGCCGUGUGGAACCCAGAGCUGCCAGCUGUUGCGGAGUUCUCCACAAAUGAAACUAUGGGACAUUCUGGGGACAGAUUAGCUGCUGCUUUCGGAGUGACUCGACGGGAGCAGGUGGGUUUGGAAUCAAAUUUGUAAGCUUUUGGAACUAUUUCCAACUCUUUAUUAUCUGAUAUCAGUUAAAAUUAUGGCCAAAAAAUGUAACACUUUUAGCCUUGGAACUAUUUCUCUCUCUAUUAACUGUGAUCAGUAUCCAUAAUGGGUGUAAAUUAUAGCACUUUUACCCUGGAAAUUCUUUCUUUUCUACUGACUGCGAUCAACAUCCAUGACCACUACAAAUUAUAACACUUAUAUCCUCUUCUUCUUCUAUAUAUUAAGGGCCGACGAUCAAUUUAUUGAUCAUUUUGGCUCCUAUGCAUGUAGAGGGGAUUUGCAAAGUUUCUGUGCCUGGUGCUGAUGAGGAUAUUUCAAUGAUUACAUGUGCUACUUUGUGAAGGAAUCAUGCAAUGGGGGUUGGAAGGCUUGAGGCAAUAGACGCAAAUGUGAUUAGUGUUGUCGCCUCAACUGUUUCUUUUGAAAGCUUGUUCCAGUCCCUGAUUGUCUUGGGCAGGAAUGAGCAAUUCCUAUACUGGUUUCUUGCAGGUAUGAGCCGGAAUUGCCUGUCAUGGCCUUGUCGCUGUCUAUGGGGGAGAGGGACGAGUUUCUGUUUAAAACUGGAAAAUUGGACCAGCCCAUUAUUUAUUUUGUACAUCAUGGAGAGCCUGGAUUGUCGUCGUCGUUCCUCCAAUGGCGACCAGCCUAGAGUUUCCAGCAUACUGCCAACACUAGAGGUAUUCCUGUAUCGGUUCAGGACAAAGCAAGCCGCCCGUCGCUGGACCGCCUCCAACCUGUCAAGGGUCUUCUGGGUAAAUGGGUCCCAGACUGAAGAUGCAUAAUCUAAAAUCGGACGGACAAAGGCUUUAUAUGCUCUUUCUUUUACACAGGAGUUGCCAAUCUUCAGGUUAUGCUUUAAGAACCCCAGGGUCUUGUUUGCUUGGUUACAUACAUUGUUAAUAUGCUCGUCCCAGCGGACCUCUCUUUGAAUGGUAACACCCAGGUACUUUACUGAGGAAACUGUCUCAAGUAUAUGGCCAUGCAGUUUGUAUUGGUAGUAUAGAGGAGUACAACUUCUAGAGACUGAUAGUGUCUGGCACUUGGCAGGGGGAAAUUCCAUGUCCCAGCUCAUCUCCACUCAGCUAACCGAUUGAGAUCUUGUUGUAGCUGGUCCUGGUCAGAUCUGUUGGCGAUCGUCCUAUACACCGCUGUGUCAUCUGCAAACAGUCUUGCUUGGGAUGUCAGUUUCUCGGGUAGGUCAUUUAUGUAUGCGAGGAACAAACAGGGGCCUAACACUGAUCCCUGGGGGACCCCUGACUUCACAUUCACAAAGGAGGAGCUUGUACCGUCCACCACUACUGCUUGGCAUCGGUGGCUGAGGAAGCUAUAGAUCCGUGUUUUAGUGGUGCCUUGGAUCCCAUAAUCUGGAGUUUGUGUAGAAGCAAACUAUGAUUGACACGGUCAAAUGCCUUUGCGAAGUCCAUCACCAACACGUCAGUUUGCUUGUGGUUCUCCAGAUUGGUCAUCAAGUAUUCUACAAAUUCAAGGAGCUAGGUCUCACAUGAUCUAUUGAUUCGGAAGCCAUGUUGACAGUCAUUGAGUAUAUUUUAGCUUUCAAGAUGCUUCAUGACUGUGCUUACGAUUAUGUGCUCUAACAGUUUGCAGACGACGCUAGUGAGGGAUAUCGGGCGAUAGUUGGCAGGGUCAGAAUGCUCCCCUUUCUUGUAGAUUGGAGUGACAUGUGCUGAUCUGCAGUCUGCUGGAACAUUUCCUGUGCACAGCUACGAUUGGAAGAGGAUUGUCAGGGCAGGAGCAAUUUCUUUGGCUAAUUCUUUGAGCGCUCAUGGUUUGAUGUUGUCAAGAUCACAUGCUUUGCAGGGGUUAAUGGUUUUGAGAAGGGCAAGCACACCCUGCUCAGAUAUCUGUAUAUCUUCCAUGACAGGGUAGGCUCUGUUCAUCAUUUUGGUCUUCAGAUGGAAUUUAGCCUCCUUUAUGUUUUAUGUUUUCAGGAUGAAUUUGCCGUGAGAUCUCACAAACUGGCACAAGACGCCACAGACAAAAACCUCCUCACUGAUAGAUUAGAUUAUAAAGUUCCAGGUGAGAAAUGGACCUUGUAUAUCACAGUAUAUUUAUUUCCUUGUGACAUAAAGCAGUCAGUUAAAUUUAUUCCAACAGCUUGUUUAGGGACUCAGUAUCUCUUAAAUCAGUAUAAGGGUAAUAAGGGGAGAGACUGCAAUCAGGUUAGUACAAAAUAAAAUGAGUAAAACAGAGUAGGGUUAAACCUGAAAAAAUAAACGCAACAAAACAGGGCACGUGUCGGCAUAAAGCCUUCGUCAGCGAACAAAACAACAGAAAAAAUGGUAUAAAAAUAAGAAAUAGCACUUAGCUGGUAAGUAGUAUCUGUGGGCAGCAAUAGAAUAGAAUAUUAAAUCAGUAUAGAUGGGAUGGAGGAUAGACUGCAGUAAUCCGAGGCAUAAAAGAAACAAAAUCCAAGGGAUAUGUAAGCUUUAUAAAGUUUCAAAGAUAACCUCAAAAAGUAUUGGCAAUAAAAACGUAACCACAGUCAAUGUGUUUUUUUACAGUUCUUAUGUACACUGAUCAGUAGGUUAGAUUGUGUUACUGGUGUUUAAAGAACACCUUAAUUUUAAGAGAAAAUUCUUUGUAUCUGUUUGCAGGUGUAAAUGAGGUUGUAACCAAGGAUAAUGGCAUUCGUGUGUCAACUAUUGAACAGUUGAGCAAGCUGAAGCCAGCCUUCAUUAAGCCUCAUGGGACUGUGACAGCUGCGAAUGCUUCAUUUUUGGUAGGACAAAUGUUCAAAUUGUUUCAUUUUACUCUCACUGCAUUGUCAGGAACUGUGAUCAAGCUUUUGUCACAUUAUUUUAAUAGUCUUGUGAUAUAGCUUCAAAAAUAAAAUACUACAAUAAAGAAUUUAUUCAAAUAACAAAUUUAAACUGUCUAUAUAUUUGUACAGACCGAUGGUGCAUCUGCUUGUCUGAUCAUGUCUGAAGAGAAAGCCCUCCAGCUGGGGUACAAACCAAAGGCUUACCUCAGGGAUUUUCUAUACGUUGCCCAAGAUCCCAAAGACCAGCUUCUGCUAGGGUACAUUUUUUAUCAUUUUCUUACUUAUUAGUUUUUAUAUAGAUAAAUGGUUCAAAAACUUUGCUCAUUCCUUUGAAAUAACGAUUCAUUUUUAUAACAAAAAUUAAAUGUGUGCUCCCUGGAUUUGCUCACACAAAAGAAUGUUUGUCUUUUAAAAAAUUAACUAUUUUAUGUCCUUAGUAAUUGUAAAUGCCUCUUCCAAGACACACACACACAACACACAUACACCCACCCCCCCCCCCCCCCCCCCCCCCCUCCUCCUCCUCUCAAAUCUCAUCUUACAUUAUUUUGUCUUCAUUUAGUUUCUUUGACACACAACACACGCCCCCCUGCUUGUGCAUUUUAAACUUACUUAAAUUGAGUUUCUCCAUAUGACAAUGUCAUUCAUAUGACAAUGUCAUUCAUAUGACAAUGUUAUCCUUUCAGCCCUGCAUAUGCCACUCCAAGAAUAUUGAAAAAAGCUGGCCUCACCCUGAGAGACAUUGAUGUAUUUGAGAUUCAUGAGGCGUUCGCUGUAAGUUUUACCACAAUAAUUGUUCUUGUUACCUGAACAUAGAAUAUUCCUUGAAAUGUAAGAACAAGGUAUGUUAAACUUUAAUUAAUAGACAGGACAAAAGGUUUUUACUUUUCGGCCUAGAGCUUUUUUCAGCAUACAAGACAAAUAGAACAAAGACAAGUAUUAAUUCAAGUUUAACAUCCCUUGUUCUUUCUUUUCAUUCAUUUGCACAGCUUGAGUGCAGUCCAUCAAUUAUUAUAGAAUAUUCCUUAAAGUGAAAUCCCUAAUUUUAAAAUAAGAAUCCAGUGAUUUCUUAUGUAUUCUAAACAUGCUGAUAACAUUGAGUUCACAGCAGUGGCAAAAUGAGGACAAAACUUGUGACCCAAUUUUGCAGACUGCUUUAUGUUGACUUCCUUUAAUUACCUUUGUCUCUAUUGUUUUAUAUAAUUGAAUCAAUAAAAUAUUCUCCUAUGACCCGCUCAUAAGCCAACCACCCCACUUAUUCCCCUUACCAGGCCUGAAAUAUUUUUUUAAAAGACGGAUUAUCAUUGAGUAUAAUUAUAUGAUAACUUUACCAUAAAAUUAAUUAUAUUCUCCUUCAGCAAGGUUUUGACAAAAAUUUCCUUAGCAUGAUUGUAUUCUGCCCCAUGUCUUGUCUCCCAUGAUUUCUCUCCAUACUUUAUUUAAUUUGUCUUUCCUGCUGCUAGUAGUGAAAAGUCACUUGUUUCUAUCACACACACUAGCCACUUGCUGCCAGUAAUCUCCCCUCCUUUGUUUUUCAGGGUCAGAUUCUUGCCAACUUUAAAGCCUUAGAUUCUGAUUUCUUUGCCCAGAAAUACAUGGGACUGCAAUCCAAGGUAUAAUUGGUGUUAGCAGGUUUAAAAUUUUUUGUUUUUUUUCGUUCAUGAUUGAAUCCAAAAAAGGCAAUAUUGUCUUCAGUCUGGUUGUGACUUGUUCUGUACAUUCUGUAAAUAGAGGCUUGUACAUGUUUCCCUAGUUUGGAGCUCCACCUUUAGAGAAAGUCAACACUUGGGGAGGAUCCUUGUCUCUGGGCCAUCCAUUUGGAGCCACAGGAGUUCGUCUUGCCACCACAGCAGCCAACAGACUUAUUCAUGAAGGCGGCCAGUAUGCUCUUAUUGCAGCCUGUGCUGCUGGAGGCCAUGUAAGUCAAAUUUUUAGUCUUGGGUACAGAUCCCUGAAAAGUCAAGUCUUCCCUCCACUGUAUGAUAAAACGGGCUUGCUUAAUUUUAUGGGUUAUGGCUUAAAGAAAUUCAUAGGUUCAGGAAAAAACUUGUAGAAAAGCCUGAGCUUGUAAUGCUGAACAGAGCCAAAAUGGCAAACUAAAGGAGGAGUCUUAGUACAAACCAUGCAUCAGUGCAAUUGGAAAUAUUCAAACAAAUUAAUGGUCUCAGACCCGUCCCCAGUCCCCUUCCUCACAUUUGCUAGGGAGACUUUGGUGGGCGUGCUCCAUUUCCGCUCCCCCACCCCACCUUAGUCAAUCAAAUAGGGGAUUAUGGGGACAUGUUUAUAUUCUAUAAUGCACUGUAUAUACAUUUAGUAAAGAGUUAUAUUUUGAUUUAAAUAUACACAUAAUUUUUUUAUAUUCAGUUAACGGCAGCACUUAUAUGCACUAAAAAUAAAUAAAUAAUUAUGUCCAUCAUUUAUUAGGUAAUUAUUUUCUUAAUUAAUUUUAAUGGCAUGCGGCCCGCGAAGAGUUGACUUGUGAUCAAAUUGGCCCCUGGAGCUAUUUGGAUUGGACUCCCCUGCCCUAGAUCUUACAAAAACAAAAAACUAAUUUUCUAAAAAAAAUGGGACCAACCUGUAAAGACAGAGUGACGCUAUAGAAUAGAAAAAAUGUUUUUGUUGAGGCAAUGAACGAUUGAGUAAACGUACAUUAUAUUUGUAACACAAAUUCCCACUAAUGUUGAUUUUAAAUUUCUUUUUCAGGGUCAUGCAAUGCUCGUGGAGCGUUAUCCCUCUUGAAGCACAAUAGAUCAACAUUAGAAUAUGUAUAUGUGUUGACAAAUCAUCCAAAUAUUUAAAUUAUUUGACUUAAAAUUAUAAUGCCUUCACCAUAUACCUUGUCAAAUUAAAAUUUGUAUGUCUAAUUUUAUUUUCCUAACAAUGAUGAUGUCAUGUUCCCAUACUGUUAUGAUGAUGAUGAUGUCAUGUUCCCAUGCAGUUAUGAUGACCAUGUCAUGUUCCCAUACUGUUAUGAUGAUGAUGAUGAUGUCAUGUUCCCAUGCAGUUAUGAUGACCAUGUCAUGUUCCCAUACUGUUAUGAUGAUGAUGAUGAUGUCAUGUUCCCAUGCAGUUAUGUUGACCAUGUCAUGUUCCCAUACUGUUAUGAUGAUGAUGAUGAUGUCAUGUUCCCAUGCAGUUAUGAUGACCAUGUCAUGUUCCCAUACUGUUAUGAUGAUGAUGCCAUGUUCCCAUGCAGUUAUGACUUUCAUUGAGUUGGAGUUUAAUUUGUUGUUUAAAACUUUAUAUGUUUAUAUGUCAAACUGUUUGAUUAAUAAUGAAAUGCUCUGUUAUAUGGUGUAAAACAAUUUGUUACAAUUAACUAAAAAUUACUGCAAUGGCCAAAGUGUUUGUGCCGGGCAGUUAAAGAAUGAGCAACCCAAAAAUAUUUAUGAGACCAACAUGUGCCAUAGUUGAUCAUUGUUCAUUUUGUUGUUUUCUUAGAUAAAUCACUUCAUUUUAAGAGAUAAUAAUGAAUUCAAAAAUUUUUUGAUGAAAUUUAUAUACAAAAGUGCUUUUACUCCAUUUAAGACCUACAAUACAAAGACAAUUUGAGUUGAAAUUUGCUCUAAAAUUUGGUGUAAUAAAAGAUUUAAAGAAAAUUGAGCUUGAAGAAAGACAGCCACAUUUUUUAAAAUAAUCCUGAAUGAAGAUAACUUUUAAAAUGUAACUGUUGUGUAAGAAAACAAUAUUUGAAUACCCUUGCAUUAAGAUGAUAGUCAUCCAAAUAACCAGUCACAUGUUUAAAAACUUAACUGGCUGUUCAAAAUCAUGAAUAUUUCAUUGAAUUAUGAAUUCAAUGGUUUGCUUGUUGCUACCACUACAGCAAUGUAAACUUGUCAUAGAAGAGAAUCAGGUUCUGUUGUCGUGUGUUUCCCAGCAGGAGAUAAAAACCGCUGUGAGAAUAAAUUAUACUUAAACUGUCAAAUUUGAUGCUAUUUUUAGCUUCUUCCCAUGGUUGGGGGUUCAUGAAUUCUUAAUGCUUGACAGGGUGAUAAAAAUACAUUAGUUCAUUAGCAGAAGAACGUAAAAUUAGGCUUUCUCUAUUAAAAAUUGUAUGAGCUCACAAAGAAUGGACUGCAACUUUGUUAAUGUCUGAAAAUUCUUAAUAUCAUUUGAGCUGUAUAGAAAGUCACACUUUUUAUGUCAACCAGGGGGUGAAAAGCAAUUUGUUCAAUUUAUUGAAGAAAAAAAAUCAAAUUUGACAAAUGUCACAAAUCAUAAUUCUCUGUGUAUGUAUGGCUGUAAAGCUGGUUUAAAUCGGUGGGCUAAAUUGAAUCCCCAAAGUUGUCACUAAUUGGGAUUCUUAUAAAGCACUUUACUUGAAUGCAUGUUUUGGCAAGUGAAAGGGAAGUUCACCAUUGCCAAUGUCUUUUUUUGUGUGGUGGGUUUGGGUGGGGGUGGGGGUAAUAUCUCUAGUGUAAAAAAUCACAUUUUUGAUGCACUGUGGUAUAUGAUUAAAUUUUCCUCAUCAUGUGCUUGGAAAUGUAGUCACUUUGGCUUAGCAUGUCCCAUUUUUAAAGUCUCCAAUUUUGUUGUUUAACUGGUAGCCACUAUAGCAACGUUGUCAUAAAGUUAAAGUAAUUUUUGUUGAAAUUGUAGUCAUUUACUUGUCUCAGCCCAGAAUAGUGAAACAAUGGCGGGUACAUUGAGAUUUCACAGCAAUAUUCUUCAGUCUAUUUAUUGUUUAAAAAUCUAGAAUGGAGAACUUCCCUUGAAUUUCUUUUGCAUUGAAUCAGAUUCAUAGACCACACUCAUGGAAUAUUUGCAGUUUCCACACUCUUGUUUAAUUGUGAAAAGAUGGGCGCUUCUUUGGACUCCAUUGUGAAAUGUUGAAAGCAUAUCACAUAAUAAAUAUAACAUUAGAGAGGAAUUCAGCCUGAACAAAUGUGAAUACAUCAUUUCUUCAUAUUAUCAUUCUGUGGUAAUGUACAGCCCAUAUGUACGGUAUACUGUUGAUCAAUGGUAGUGCACAGCCUAUAUGUAUACUGUUGACCAAUGGUAGUGCACAGCCUAUAUGUAUACUGUUGACCAAUGGUAGUGUACAGCCUAUAUGUAUACUGUUGACAAAUGGUAGUGUACAGCCUAAAUGUAUACUGUUGACAAAUGGUAGUGUACAGCCUAUAUGUAUACUGUUGACAAAUGGUAGUGUACAGCCUAUAUGUAUACUGUUGACAAAUGGUAGUGUACAGCCUAAAUGUAUACUGUUGAAAACUAACACAGUAAGAUCAAUACACUGUAUGUUAAAUCAAUGAUUGAACUGUGUAUGUUUUAACUGUGCCCAUAUCCUUAGUAUCACUGGCACAGUCUACCAUGACAGAAACAUCAAUGGAGUUAUUCAAGUGCCACACCAAGGACUUUGUGACCUGCCAGAAUGUUGUGUAAACUCUUACUUUGGUUUGUAUGUGAUAUAAUUUUUAAAAUAAUGAAAUCAAGUUGUAUGUGAUAUAAUUUGAAACAUAAAUAUUUUCCUUUGCUUAAA